AUGCUGCAUGAUAGUGGUUCUGAAUCGGAUAGCGACGUUUCUGGUAAAGAAGUGAGCACAGAGGUUAAUGAAGAGCCUGUGUCUGGUCAAUCUGUCGUCAAAGAGGUUUUUAUUGAUGUGAAUAAACUUUCUCCUGAUCUUCGUAGAUGGAAAAUACGAGGCAGAGUUUCUCGUAUUUCCCGUUUGUUUUCCUUUAAAGGAGAUCGUAAUAUGUUUUAUUUUGGUCUUCUGGAUUCAUCUGGUCUAUUGAAAGUUAAGGCAUUUUAUGAAGAUGCUGAGAAGUAUUAUGGGAUUGUUGAAGAAGGGAAAUUUUUUUCUAUUGAGUAUGCUCGUGUUUCUGUUGCCAAGAAUCCAAAUAAUAUUUUUCCUCUAAAAUUUGAAGUUAUUUUGGCAAAGGAGAGUGAGGUUGAGCAUUUGGAACAAGAUGAUACUUUCCCAAGGUUGAAAGUUGUGAAAUACGAUUUGAAGAAAGUUCGCGAUCUUCCUCAUGGCACUUUCUUUGAUAUUGAAGUCAUUGUUUAUAAAGCUGGUUGCGUUGUGGACGUUCGAAAAGGUGAAUUACGUAAACUUGAACUCGAAGUUUUUGACGCUUCGAUGAAGCCUGGUGAAACGGUGAAAGUGACUCUGUGGAACGAUGAUAUUGAGCUCGUUAGUCUUUUGGAUUUGCGAAAAUUUUAUUACAAACUUUCGAUUCAGGAUGCUACUUGUAAUGAAUACUUGCAGCGGGAAUAUAUUCAGACGUCGAAGGCUUCCGUCUUUAAAAUUGCGAAAGUUGAGUGUGAUUCUACUGAAUCUAGAGUUGUUUCUCUUUGGAAGGCGAAGAAAUUCAAAGAUGUAGGUGAAACUAAAAGGAAAAGUGAUCACGUUCCCGUUGUCACUGAAGAUGAGAAGAUUCAGAAACUUGUUUAA